AUGAUAUCUACGUCGACAAACCUGGUUCAAUUGAACAAAGUCGAUGCUUUCACCAAAGACGGAUCCACGCUUCGGCUCCCAACGAGAGCAGAUUUGCAUAUUCUGCACAGCUGGAAAACCUCGACCUUACUAAGUUAUAACAGCGCGGUGAAAAAGUUUAUGGCUUUCCAGAAAUCAGAAAACGUCACGACGUUCUCCUUGCCCAUUGAUGAAGCGACUCUUGAAAAUUUCUGCAUUUGGGCCGGCCGAAACUCGGUAUCUUCCAAUACCGGGAAGAUCUCGGCCACAUCACUACGGAAAUACCUCGCGGGCCUGAAAGCGUGGCAUACAUACCACAACAAACCCUUCCCAACGUCUAACGAGACAAGAAUCAACCUCAUAUUAAAGGCCUCGUCGCGCGAGGACAAAUUCACGACGAGGACAAGCCAAAAAAGACCACUAAUGUUUUGGCACAUGACGCACCUAUGGGUUACAUUGAGCGGCGGGGAUGAUUUUGAUAAAGCGGUGUUGGACCUGUUCAUCGUUGCUUUUUGGGGCUUGGCACGCUUAGCUGAACUCACGUACUCCUCAGACACGGGCGAAAUUAACUUCGCAGAGUCGGUUCUGUCAACCGACGUAUUCUUCACGACUUGCGAGCAGGGUGAAGCGGUAACGCUCACGGUACGCAACGCCAAGACCGGCGCACCUGGUGCCCCACAAAUAAUCACUCUCGGCGAGCAACGGCACGCACUCUGCCCAGUUCUGGCAAUACGACGCCGGAUUUCGGCGACAGAGGGGGAACGAACCUCUCUUUUCGGGUAUAACACCAACGGCGGACGCCGCCACGUGACUAGGCGGAAGGCAGUUGCCCGCCUAGAAGAAGCGCUAGCAUUAGGUGGUUACCACGGCCUACGCGGCCACUCCUUCAGAGUGGGCGGCGCUUCGUUGAGAGCUGCUCUAGGGAUGUCGUGGGUCGACCUCUGCACUCUCGAGGAGUUGUAG